AUGCAAUUUCCAGGAAACAUUGUCCUCGUCACCGGCUCGGCUGGCGGCUUGGGAAAGGCCAUCGCCGAAGCCUACCUGAACGCCGGAGCCAAAGUCUCCAUCUGCGACAUCAACGAGGAACGCCUAAACGUCACUACACGCGAAUUCAAGGGAACAUACGGCAACGACAAAUUCCUCGCCACAGUCACCGACGUCACCGACGAACCAUCAGUCAACCACGUCUUCACCAAGACCAUCGACAAGUUCGGCCGCCUCGACAUCAUAGUCAACAACGCAGGUGUUGCUGAUAAAUUCGACCCCGUCGGCGACGUCGACCGCUCGCUGUGGGAUCGCCUCAUUGCCAUCAACCUGACCGCCCCCUUUCUCUUCUGCAAGUUGGCCGUCAACCAAUUCCUCGCCCAGAAGCCUGCCGGCGGCAUCAUCGUCAACAUCGCCUCCGUCGCUUCCCUGAAGACCGGCAUAGCAGGAGCUGCCUACACGGCCUCGAAGCACGGGCUGCUGGGCCUGACUAAGAACACGGCUGCCAUGUACAACACGAAGAACAUCCGGACCGUCGCCGUGCUCCCUGGUGGCAUGGACACGAAUAUCACCGAGGCCAUGGCUGCCGGCAUGAACCCCGACGGCUGGGAGGUUGCCAAGAACCAGAUGACCCAGAGCUACAACGAUGUCCGGGAUGUCGCCCAGACGGUGCUGUUCUACUCGAGCCCCACCGCCAAGGGGAGCAAUGGUGCGGUUGUGAGCGUCGAUGGUGGAUGGCUGAGCUUCUGA